ACUUUUUUCAUAAAUUGUGAUCAACAACCGGAUGUUCCUAUUGGUGGGAAAGACAAAGAAGAAAACAGGAAGUGGUAUGAUGAUGAGGGCGUGGCGUUUUUAAUGUCUUAUUGUGUGAACAAACUUAUUCAGGUCUGAUUUUAUUAACAUUAAUUAUUUAAUGGAAAUACCGGAACUGCAAACUUAGGUAAUUUUCUUUCUUUGUUUUUUCAUAUGCAGGAGAUAAAAAUGCUCAUAGAUUUUUUUCUGACUCAUUUAAAACUCGUUUCUUUCACGUUUUGUUUCUCAGAUGAACCUCUGAUCCUGCAGAGUCCUGGACAUCCAGUUAAUGAAGGAGAAGCCCUGACGCUUCACUGCAGGUUCAGGCCACCGUUAUCCUCCAAUCUCACUGCUUUCUAUAGAAACGGGGUUCUGGUCGGGAACAGCUCGACGGGAACCUUCACCAUCCAGAGCGUUUCUAAAUCUGAUGAAGGAUUUUAUAGAUGUAACGCCUCUGGAGUCGGAGAAUCAGCAGAAAUCUGGCUGGAUGUAAGAGGGCGCAGGCCUCAAACGCCUACAGCUCCCAUUGCAUUCGUACUACUUCCUGUUGUGGCCGGCCUUUUGUUGUUGAUUGCGCUGAUCUUGCUCUGCCACUGGAGAAACCACAAAGGUGGAGUGAACCGUUCUGUGUCCUACACUGAAGUCACCAUCUCACAGGACAGGAAGCCUCAGAGAAUCACUGAUGCAGGUUCUGUCCCGACCGUCUAUUCCACAGUGAUACCAGAGAGUUGCUGAUAACGUGAGAACCAGCGUCAUGCAGACCGGGCUCCCUGCUGUGCGUCCAGAAACACAAAGCAUUCAUAAUAAUAGGGUGUGUAUAUUAUUCAAUGGUCAUUAAAUGUUACAAAACUUUACAUUUUCACAUGUUUUUUGAUGCUUAGAAGUUCAGUGUAAACAUAAGUCCUGAUGGAUUUUUCUGGUACUUCUCCCCACUUUUUGGGCCAGUUUGUGAUUUUAUCCAAUACAUUAAAGCCUAACUUUAAUUUUUUAUCCAAUAUAUUAAAGCCUAACUUUAAUUUUUUUAUUCAAUAUAUUAAAGCCUAGCUGUCCUUUCAGUUGUUUAGCAUCUUUUUGUUACCACUUUGUAUUGCAUAGAUACUGGUGCUAUGAAAGUAUUGAACUUUUUAUUGAAUUGCUUUGCUUUACAUUUGAAUAUAUUUCAUUUUUUGAGUCUUAAUUUCACCAUAAAUGUUUAUUAUUAUU